UAAGGGGGCAGUAUAAAUAUGAACAUAUUAAAACCUGUGUUAGACUACUUACGAUCGAAUACCGUUCCCAAUGUACUGAGUUCAUUACAGUGAGAUUUGAUUCAUUAUUACUUGCAAAUAUGUGGAUUUUCACUACAUAUUUCUUGCUAUGGCUGAGCGGAUUCGAUUUCGCAUAUUCCCAUGACUGGACGGAGUACAACUACACUUCGCCGGAAACCUGCAAUGCGAGCUUCCCAGGUCCGAGCCUGGCCAGUAUGUGUAAUGACACCUCCUACGAUUUCUUUCUGUCGAUUCUAGAGACAUUUGUGGGUAGGAAACAAGAAAUUGCUCAAACCUGCGAACGCAUCACACCUAUCCAUACUCCGGAUGCCGAGUAUGACUUCAUCGUAGUGGGGGGUGGAGCAGCCGGUUCUGUCGUUGCUGCAAGACUCAGUGAAAAUUCGUCCUGGAAGGUUCUGCUUGUUGAGGCGGGCCCGGAGGAACCAGUAGGUGCAUCGGUUCCUGGUUUUUCUUUCUUAAUAUCCGAAUCAUCUGUCGAGUGGGGAUACCAGUCGACAAACGAGAGCUACGCCUGUCUCAGUUCGAAUGGUAGUUGUCCGAUCUCUGCAGCCAAAGCUCUCGGUGGAAGCAUGAUGCACAAUGAUAUGGUAUACAUGCGCGGCAGCCCGUACAUAUUCGAUGAAUGGGCUGCAAUGGGUAACGAGGGAUGGUCGUGGGAUGAAGUCUUGCCAUUUUUUAAGAUGUCCGAAAAUAAUGCUAAUAUCGAUAGUGUUGGUCGAGAGUAUCACGGCACGGAUGGACCGCUUUUUGUCGAAAGACUUCCAUCCAAACCACCUUUUGCAAAUGCAAUACUCGAGGCGGCCGAAGAGGCGGGCUUCGGCGUCAGCAAUGACCUCAAUGGAAAUGAUAGUAUUGGCUUCGCUGUAUUCCAAACAAUGACCCACCACGGUGCGAGACGCAGUAGCGCCGCGGCUUAUCUGCGACCAAUCAGAAACCGCACAAAUCUCCACAUCACUCUCAACUCCACCUGCACGAGGGUCGUAAUCGAGAAUGGACAAGCAGUCGGCGUUGAAUAUUACAAAGACGAGAAAUUGUACACGGUAAACGCAUCCAAGGAAGUCAUCCUCUCCGCAGGUGCCGUUGAGUCUCCUCAUCUUCUACUCCUCUCUGGAGUUGGGCCGGAAGAAGAUUUAAAAUCCAUGGGAAUCGACGUGGUCGACGAUUUACCUGGCGUCGGCAUGAAUUUCCAUGAUCAUAUAUUAUUCCCGAUUACGUUGACCAUCAAUGAGCUUGACGUCUACAACAAUUGGGCUGCUCUUGCUGAGUACAUCGGCUUCCAGACUGGACCGAUGUCCAGCACCGAACUGGGUCAAGUAAUCGGCGCCCUACCAUCCGGAAUUACUACACCCGACCUUCCGGAUAUUCAUAUAUACGGCUACGGUUAUACUGCCGCUUGCGUAGCCGAUUGGACAGGCGACGGUCAACGCGAAAUCAAUUUUUGGGCCGGUUACGAGCAUCCGAAAUGCAGAGGAAGAAUCAGUCUGGCUUCAUCGGAUCCUUUUGAGCAUCCUUCAAUCUGGGUAAACUAUCUCUGCGAUCCUGACGAUGUUUCCGGGGUUGUCAAAGCCAUCGAGUAUUCACUGGAAUUGGUCAAUACAACGGCCUUGAAAGCCUACAACACGACUUUGACCGCAACACCUCUCGAGGUCUGCUCAAAUUACACUUUUGCUAGCACGGAAUACUGGGAGUGCGCAGUUCAUUACAGUGCUUCUGGGGAAUUUCACAUCGCAGGCUCUUGCAAAAUGGGCCCAUCGUCGGACCUACUUGCUGUCGUCGACCCUCGGCUUCGAGUCUACGGAAUACAGGGACUACGCGUGGCGGAUGCUUCUAUUAUGCCGCAGGUGACUAGUGCUAAUAUUGGAUCAACUUGCGUCAUGAUUGGAGAACGAGCUGCGCACAUGAUCAAGCAAGAUUGGAAUUAUACAGAUGCAAUGUAAUAUUUUUCAUAAUACGGUAUAAUGUAACUUGUCCGCAGUACCGAAGGAUGUAAAAAUAGUUACUGAAAUUGAAAAAAAAAAAAAAUAAUAUUUUCAUCAAU